AUGUUUACUAAGUGGAUUCAUGGAAGAAUUGUUGUCCUACUUGUCUAUGUGGAUGACAUAAUCUUAGCUGGUGAUGCUCAGAAAGACAUAGACCAGGUUAAAACUUCUUUGAGCAAGGAGUUUAAGAUCAAACUGCUUGGACCUUUAAAAUACUUCUUAGGGUUAGAAGUGAACAGGACAGCAGAAGGAUUAAUGGUUUGUCAAAGGAAAUAUUGCAUGGACUUGCUGACUGAUACAGGUUACUUGAAUGCCAAAGGAUGCAAGUCACCAUCAGAUCCAAAGAUCAAGUUAACAGCAACACAAGGAACUUUACUUGAUGAUCCAGAACAGUACAGAAGGCUAGUUGGGAGGCUACAUUACAUAACUAUAACUAGGCCUGACUUGACAUAUUCAGUGCAGCAGUUGUGCCAAUUUCAGAAGAAACCCUACACAGAACAUUUACAAGCAGCCUACAGAGUACUAAGAUAUCUUAAAUCAUGUCCAGAUCAAGGUAUCUAUUACAGCAGCAAGGCAGACUUGAAGCUUGUGGGAUUCUGUGACUCAGACUGGGCCAGCUGUCCAGACACUCGAAGAUCAACAACAGGGAUAAUGAUGAUCUCAUUCACAAAGAGGAAUAAGUUAGCUGUUAGGAUGGUUAUAGUUGAGAUAGGAUAUUAA